CGCGGGGCUUCCUCAUGCGCCGCCUGCCAAGGCCUCGGCCGCUUCCCUGCGCCUUCCCGCCUCGCCAUGAGGUUUCCUUGGAUUCCCAUCUGAGAACACGUGAAAUGAGAAUUGAGGGUCAGGUGUCCCGUUUCCCUCUCUGAAGAGGGGAGGAGUAAACCUGCUGAAAAGGAUUCCCUUGCAUUUCAUGUUUCGUCACCCAGACAGCAGAGUAGCUUUGAUUUCUUCCAGCUCCCACGUGCACCAGAACACAGAGGAGCAGCACUUGGCCAUGGAGCGCUACAGCUUCUCCAAUCUUUUGGACUGGAUAUAUGGUGGCGUGGACCCCGGCUUCGAAGGCAACGGAGGUCCUGAGUGCGCGGCCUUCCUGCCGUGGCAGCAGCGCCUGUUGGAGAGCGUGGUUUUCUUAUGUGUGGGAAUUCUGGAGAUUGUGGUGUCUCUGCAGAAGAUCAGGCGAUCCCACUUCAGAGAGACAGGAGAACUGCUCGCUCAAUCGCGGCUCAAGGAGGAAAGCUUAGGGAAAAACCUGUUGCUGGUAUUCUUCUGCCUCACUUUUGGAUUGGAAGUAGGAUUCAAAUUUGCUUCCAGGACGGUCAUCUACUUGCUGAACCCGUGCCAUGUGGUCACCAUCAUGCAGAUUUUUCUGCUGGCCUGUCCACCAUGCCAUUUUGCAAUGAUUCUCUUCAGGUUGCAGAUGCAUAUGCUGAAUGGGGCACUCUUGGCAUUGCUGUUUCCUGUGGUUAACACUCGGCUGCUGCCUUUUGAAUUGGAGGUUUAUUACAUCCAACAUGUAAUGCUGUACAUUGUCCCCAUCUAUCUACUACGGAAAGGAGGUAUCUAUACUCCUGAGCCGUCCUCUAAUUUCUGGUGGGCUCUACUAUCCACUGGACUCAUGUUUGUCUAUCACUACAGUAUUUUACAAAUUCUUGGACUGGUCACAGAAGUGAAUCUGAACAAUAUGCUGUGCCCGGCCAUCUCUGAUCCUUUCUACGGUCCCUGGUAUAGGCUUUGGGCAUCUGGCCACCAGACAAUCAUGACUCUGAUUCAUGGGAAACUCAUAACCGUUGUCUUCCAUGGUGCUGUCCCUGUCUUUAAGUUCUGUAUGGAUUUGCUUCAACUCCCAGCUAAGAAGAUGUCCUGAGGCUUCUCUAUGAAGAGAGGUCUUUUGUAGGAAGCAGAAGAGGAUUGGUGAUUGUAUUGGGGGUGGGGUGGGGAAUCAAUGAGAAAAAGGACCAGGCACAAACCGUUCCCUUCUGUUUCUUUCUUCUGUUACAAAGUAAGGCAUUCCUUCCCGUUACCUCCCAAGGAUCGAUUUUUCACUGCCCAUACCCAAUGGUAAAACUUGUGGCCUUAUCCACAGAGAGAGAUGAUGUUCUGCUCUUGACCACAGAAUCAUGCUACUUUGGACUGUGUAAGCGUGAUGAGUUUCAAAAUCUCUCCACCUCUCGGAAUACAGUUGCCAGAGAAGAAGCUCUUUACUGCCAUCAUUUUUACUAGCUAUCCCACAGGGUGGUAGUUCUUAGAUUUCCCCCCUCUAUAGAAUGCAGGCUAUUCUCCACUCUGGGCAUUGAACACCCGUAGCGUACUGUCUCUGCCUAUUUCAUUUGUUUUCAUUUUGCCCAUAGGCAUUAAUCCAGCAGUGUUGUGGUUGUCUCUUAACGAGGAGUGCAAAUGAGCAAGGUUCUGCUCUGUUAAAGCUGGUUGAAAUAAUGGGGAACAAUUCCAACAACAUACUCACUUUCUAAGCGACUGUGGAUUUCUGCUCCCGUGUGCUUGGAUCUCACCGUAUCUGCUGGCAGUGCACGGAUUGCUCUUCUGAAUUAACUGGCGAAAAACAUGGAAGUCUCAGUAAGUGUAUAACAGCGCAGGCGAUGAAUGAUGCGUGCCAUGCCCAUGUGGCAUAAGAAUAAUUGCCCUUUAAAGGGGGACUGUCAAUUUAGUUCGGAUUGCAUUAUACCCCUCUACAAAAUGAAGCAUAUUUGAAGUUCACGAUAGCAAUUUACACAUUCCUGAAUGCACGGUAUAUUCAGCAGCACCAACCAGUCCUGUGGAAAAACCAGCUGGUUUGACUUGACGGAGCAGAGCUGCAAAAGCCAACAACCCAAGAAGGCAAGGAGCAGGAUCACUGGUGAAGAAUAUAACUUUUCACUGUUAGCAGAUCUGAGGAGAGCGGUGAAACUUUGACCGAUAUUCCUCUGAAGAAGAACUCUGCUUAAUGGCCUCAUGGUUUCUGAUACUUGCUGCCGCAAAAUGUGUUGUCCGCCCCCCCCGCCCCCACUUCCUCCUGUUGUAUUAUUUUACUUGUGAAAACUGCCAAUUCUUCCUCCUCCAGAUGAAUUGCUCCAGGGGGGAUGUGUUCUGUCCCGUGCAGCCAUUGAUACCUCAAAGAGAGAGACGCUGCCUUAAUGUCAACAUUACAGCUCUUCUCAUUCCAGCGAGGGAAGACGAUGGGUUGCAAUUUAUAGAGCUGAGGAACAGCGAAGGGCAGUUCUGAGUAUUUAGCUCCAUUUGACCAAGACUUGAAUCUAAUUGCAAAUUGGCAUAAAUAGAAGAGUAUCCCAGUCUUCUAUCUUCAGCUUUGUGGAUCCCCUCCCCCCCCCCCCGACCCAGGACUGUGUAUUUGUAGCUGUUGAGGAUUUUUCUAUAUGUUAUACUGUGAAUACUCUUUACUGCCACGAAUCUAACAGAAGAUGCACAUUGAUGAGUUCUUAUUUUACAGCCUAGUGCAACUUGCAUCCUGCAUUUCUCAUGUGUAUUUCUUGUUUUAGUAGAGCGCUGGUCGAAGUGUGGGAACUGUUGACAGUCAGUAAUUGUGUACAGAGUUGCUCAGGCGAAUAUCAUAAUGCAUAGAUCGUUUACUCUUCAAAGUGGCAUAUUUAAAUAGAGGUGAAAUUCCUAGCUCAAUAGCUAGCUGUAAUCCUUUUUUCCUUUGCCUUUUGGACAGUAAUUCAGAAUUCCUUACAUUCAGCAGUGUGAAACCUAAAGUACCAGAGCUUGGCAGCUUUAAAUAAUGAGUAUUUUUUUUUAUCUUUUUGGUUUUUCUUUUAAAAAGAAUGACCUUGGGUAGGUUUUGUACUUGACUAUGUUAGUGAGGCUGCACAGGGAAGGUCUUUCGCCCACCAUGAUGAAACUGGUCUUUCUGAACUUUCAUCCACCUCUGUCAGACCCUCCCUGGGGCACAAUGUUCGUUGCUUUUUAGGUUUUGAGUAAAACCACUGAGAGAACUGCCUGCAUCUGCCAGUCCUGUGCCAUGUUGCUUUCCGCAAGGGCCUUACCUCCCCUGCCCGCCGGCCCCAAUCCAUUGAACAAAAGCUGUUUGGGCUUCUUGGCUUUGUUAGUAGGUGCUUGGAAUUCUCUCUCAAAGUUACCUCCUACUCUUUAGAAGUGCCACAUCUUUCUUUUUUCUCUUUUGGAACUUCCCGCACAAAUGCAAACGGCUAGUUCUGCUUUCAUAUAAUGAGAGGAAUUGCUCAGGCCAACCCCUCCCCUCUGUUGAGGCAGAUUAUUUAUCCCAACACUGCAUUUCUAGCAGAUGUGAUUGGCUUAAAAAUCCACUUGUUACCAAGCUUGGAUGACAGUGGCCCUUUCUACACCUAAGGAUUAUCCAAGGAAAAUGGAGGGAUCGUCCCUGCCUGCUCCCGGGAUCUCCUGUGUGGCAUCUGGAUGCACAGGAACGAUCCUGGGAUGAUCCUGGGGGAGAAGGCAGGUGUAGAAACUGCCAAUGUCACCGAUCUAUCUCAUGUACCACAGUCUUGAAUGGAGGCGUUUUGCAAGGGCCCUGGGCAGAGCAAUGUCCGCAUCGUCUUUUGGGGAGAUUCUACGACCGCAUGCCCUUCAGGGCUUUGUGUAUGUCAUAUACGCAUCUACACUUGUGUAUAUUUGUCUGCUGAAUUGUAUCCUUCAUCUACUUGUGUACCGUGAACUAAAAUUAGUGCCGGGAUCACUCUGACCCUGGACUACAAAUCCCAUUAUUCCUGACCCAUGCUAGCUGGGACAUUUGGGAAUUAGAGUCCAACAGCAUCUGGAGGGCACAGGCUCUGCACCCAUUAUAGAAUAAAAAGUGUUCUGGUGCAAUCAUUUCCCGGUAAAGAGGUGCCAAGCCUGCUGCUGCUAUUCACAGAGCUGUGUAGAAGCUGGAGCAGCAAAGAUACCUUUUUGGCUGAAAGUUUCUCCCAAUACUACUUGUGCUGGCUUACUAAGUAAGUAUUCUACAGCCAGUAAGUGUUCUUUCCAGGAUGUUUGUCUCUGGAUGCUGCAAAGACCCCUUUCUUUUUCUUUUAACUUAAAUCUGGCAGGUUUACUUAGGGCAGGACAUUGGCACGUGAAAAGCCAGUGGGUUUUAAGGCAGGAGCCUGAAUUCACGAGUGCCCUUUAGACGUGAUUAGGAACCCAGUCCAGGGUGAUGCUCUGUGCCGGUGGAGAAGACUCUACUCCACUGCAGAGCUGAAGCCCUAACGUGUUUAAGAAGUGCACCCUUUUCUAAGAGGGCCUUCCCUCUCUGAAAUUACAAUGGAGGGCAGAGCGUCCAAGUGGACGGAUGCCAGUGCUCAAACUAUAGGAAACUCCGCUCCUAACCUUUUGUAACAUCCUCCUGUUCUCAAAGGCCGCAGGGUGCACCAGUUGCCUAAAAUAGUGGGGAGUUGGAGGGCUUGCAGAUUUCAUUAAGGGUCCCCGCAACCCACUUUCCCCCUGCCACCAGUUCAAGUGACCGUUGUCCCUCCUCUAGCUAGUUCUCCGUGCAUCACGCUUGUUUUGUCGCUACGUUUCUGCUCAAAAGGGAAAAGCACAUUCAGGAUUGGUGCUCGAAGAAAGCGCCAGGCACAGGUCAACGUGGUGCCAAAGUCUCUUGCGGCCUGGAAUGCCUGUCGCGCUGUCCCUCCGAAGCCCUUGUACAUCUUGGAACAUUAGAGCCUGCUUGUGUUCUGUGUCAGUGUCAGCAUGGACUCUUUGCACAUGGCUUUCUCACAUUGAUAGCUGCUUAUAUAAACUUUUGUGCUAGAUCUGCCUAUAUUCGUGUCCCUGGCUGUUACAACACCCUCGGGCUGCUGGAUUCGUGGUCUGUUCAGCUGAUGUUUGUGUUUGGAAAAGCAAAGAUGGAAGGCUAGGGAGGGUAGUGGUGGUUGUGCACUUUAACAUUUUAGAGUACCUCAGUGUCGCUGUUACUAUCCUUCUGUGGCCUAUAUCAGGGUUUUGAUAUAUUUCUGUAUAUUUGAUAAUUCAGUGUUUUGUAAACCCUAUUCAUGUUCCUCUCAGAGAACCAGCUUUUUGUAAUUUAACUAUGGACUUGAUUUUGUGUGCCAGUGGUCUGUAUAUGGCAGACAUGCUUAUUUCCUGUACAUUUGUGAUUAUUUGAUGGAGUGGGGUGAAGUUUCACUUGCAUUGCACAACUUUGAUCUUUUCCUGUAGCAACUGUACUUCAGGAUUUUUAGAUGUGUCUUUAAACGGAAGGAGUGGGAGAGGACAUGGCCCAGCCAUGAUCUUCAAAGGGCUUCUCAAGUGACUUGAGAGUUGCUAAUCCAUCCCUGCCAUUUAUGUGAAAAUUUGGAGCAGAAAAACCUGGAUCUUGAGUUAUAAAUGUGGGUUUAUGUACAUAGCUGCCAUUUAUUCCCCAGCAGUGUCUUCAGGCCGUUGUUUGGAGUUUGAUAGAAGUACUCAUGCUGUUUUUCUCCUUCAGGGCCAAAUCGUAUGUGGCGCCUAUCCUUUCCACUUUCAGGCACUGGCCACAGGCACUUUAGCCCACCCCACCCCUCUUCCACAAAUUCCCUGUCAUUUGUAGUAGGACGAUUUUAUAAACCACUGCCUUUUUUAAAUGUAGUAAACAUCCAAGAGAUGAAAUUUUCCAUCAAAAUUUCUUGUAUACUGGGAUUCAUUAUUUGUUUUGGUAUUUUUCUCCAGUGUCUUUUCUGCCAUCUCUAAAUAAAACUAUGUUCUUGGGA